UAUAAAUGGCGCAAAACCUUCCCACGGUGCUUGUCUGUGUGUGGAUGGUAGUAGCAGUAGUGUGUGCACGCUGUCCACACGCAGAGCUCUGCACCAAUCCCCCUGACGAGGACCCAGUCAUCAGAGCAGGGCGUCACUCCAUGGCCGCCUCCUCUGCAGUGAUCCUCCGCCUGCAGCGUCCUCUCUUCACCAUCAUCCUAGUUGUUCUCUCAGUGGCAGCAGCUAGAGGCGAGCAGGAGGGCGACCGGGUGGCGUUGCUCCCCGGGCAGCCGAGGAGCCCUCCGGUGUCGCAGUUCGCCGGGUACGUCACCGUGAACGAGCGCAACGGGAGGACGCUCUUCUACUGGUUCUUCGAGGCUGAGACGUCGCCCGCGGACAAGCCUCUCCUGCUCUGGCUCAAUGGAGGCCCUGGUUGCUCGUCUGUAGGCUAUGGAGCAGCUUCAGAAUUGGUGCCUCUCUUGGUCAAUGGCAACGGGACCGGCUUGGAGUUCAACAAAUUUGCAUGGACCAGAGAGGCAAAUUUGCUGUUCUUGGAGUCUCCUGUUGGAGUUGGCUUCUCAUACUCAAAUACCACCUCUGACCAAGACAACAUAGACGAUGGUUUUGUUGCCAAGGACUCCUACACUUUCUUAGUGAAUUGGUUCAGAAGGUUUCCUCAGUACAAGAGCCAUGACUUCUACAUCGCAGGAGAGAGCUAUGCAGGUCAUUACGUUCCGCAGCUUGCUGAGAUGGUGUAUGAGCGCAACAAGCAUCUUGAAACAAAUCAGCGUAUCAAUCUGAAAGGAUUUAUUGUUGGCAAUGCAGUGACUGAUGCUUACUAUGACUACAAGGGGCUACUUGAGUUUGCGUGGAGCCACUCGGUGAUAUCCGAUCAACUUUACAAGCACGUAAAAACCGUUUGCACCUUCAGGACUAUCUUCCUUGCUGGGGAAUGCGCCCAUGCAAUGGGCCUUGUAUACACACAAUAUGAUAAGAUUGACAUCUACAACGUAUACGCACCCAAGUGCAAUACUGCUGAGUCAGCACUUUCAUCCAGUUCUAAAAAUACAGUAGAAAAGACUGCCAAGAAGUUGAAACGAUUGAGGAUGUUCUCAGGAUAUGAGAAAUCACUUCAUGCCAAUGUCAGUGGAUGGAUCAAGGAUAGAAGAUGGAGUAUCUGCAGCGACUCAGUUUUUCACAACUAUUAUGACAACAUAUUUACUGUUCGUCCUAUUUACUCAAAGCUUGUCAAGACUGGAUUAAGAGUUUGGGUCUACAGUGGAGAUAUGGAUGGCAGAGUUCCAGUUAUUGGGUCACGGUACUGGGUAGAAGCGCUUGGCCUUCCUGUCAAGUCACAGUGGCAACCAUGGUACCUGAACAAUCAGGUUGCUGGAAGGUUUGUUGAGUAUGAAGGACUGACACUGUUGACUGUCAGAGGAGGAGGCCACGAUGUGCCUCAAGACAAGCCAGCAGAGGCACUUGUCUUAAUCAGCUCCUUCCUUUCAGACAGACAACUGCCUACGGAAAACAACUGAUGGCUGCAGAAUAAUUUAUGUUGCGACAGACAUAACAGGUCAUGCAGUAUAGGAUAUCAUUGGUAUAUUUGCAAGCUGAAGUUGCUGAAUCAGAAAGGCUACAUUGUUGGUACAUGAUUGUAGCUUUAAGAGAUCACGAAGCUGCUAAUUUGAGAGUCCAGUGUAUUAGUUGUUACUGAAUAUACUGCUGAUGUCGAUUAACAGCCUCUCAGACCUUCAUGCCUUAUAAGAUAUAAAAACAUUAGGGUUUGGUUUAUGCUUGUGUAACUUUUAAUCAGGACCGUGGAACAUGGAUCCUUUGUGAGGAGACAUUAAGAACACCACAUACCCCUUGAGUU